AAAAGAAAAAAAAUUAGUAUCCUUAGUUUGGAAGUCAGUAAAAUUUUAUGUCCUGAUUAGUAGGUAUGGAAAAGAGAGAGAGAAAAAAAAGGAAGAAACUUUGGCGUUUUGCUGCAUAAAGGGUCAAACUUUCCUCUAGCCAGAAACACACAAACGGACCAAUGCUGCUGCAACUGCAAGCACUUGGUUUGCCUUCUUCAUCUUUCCUUAACACCAAAAACCCUCUUUCUUCUUCUUUGAAACAGCAUAAAGGCAUCUACUUUACUUUCCCCUUAACGCCAAAAUCUCAUAUAAACCUCUCAACCGCUGUUUCAACCCAAUACAGAAGCCCCAUUUUGAACCUCGAGCGAAACCAGAGCCAGAACAAGCCCUGCAAUACAACCGCUGAUAGAUGGUCUCUUCGAGGAAAGACAGCGCUUGUCACUGGCGGAACUCGUGGAAUUGGGCGAGCAGUGGUGGAGGAAUUGGUGGGACAUGGGGCGAGAGUUUCAGGGUCUGUCUGUGAUGUGUCUAUUGGAGCACAGAGAGAGAGCUUAAUAGAGACAGUCUCUUCUUUGUUUAGUGGCAAUCUCAAUAUCCUUAUCAACAAUGCUGGGAUGAAUAUUCGCAAGCCAAUGGUAGAGUUCACAGCUGAAGAGUUCUCAAUUCUCAUGGCAACCAAUUUUGAAUCUGUUUUCCACAUGUGCCAACUUGCUUAUCCACUCCUAAAGGCAUCAGGAGUAGGAAGUGUUGUAUUCACAUCCUCAGUUUCUGGUUUUGUUUCACUCAAGUCAAUGUCUGUUCAAGGAGCAACUAAAGGAGCUAUCAACCAGCUUACGAAAUAUUUGGCAUGUGAGUGGGCCAAAGAUAAUAUAAGGAGUAACGCUGUUGCACCUUGGUACAUCAGAACCCCUAUGGUGGAGCAAGUACUCAGCAAUAAAGAAUAUUUAGAAGAAGUAUACUCGCGAACUCCUCUUCAGCGCCUUGGUGACCCAACAGAUGUUUCAUCUCUAGUGGCAUUCCUUUGCAUGCCUGCAUCAUCAUACAUAACUGGCCAGAUCAUUUGUGUUGAUGGGGGGAUGUCUAUGAAUGGCUUCUAUCCAAGAGAUGACUAGUCUAGGGUAGUUAAUUCAAAGUUGCUGAUAUCUGUCUCCCUCAUUCACUGGCCUCUUUCUUCUUCUUUCUCCCUUUGCCCUUCUUCCCUACUUUCUUUUCUCUGGAUCUCUUCAUUUGUUGUUGGAAAGUCUGAAUCACAGUUGAGUUGACAUUAAAGCUUUAGAAGUUUCACAAUUUCUAACCUUCAUUCGGACUUUUACGAGUCGUUGGCAUUCUAUUGUUCCCUAUGUGUAAUAUCCAGGAACUAUUUCCUCAUACGUUAUCUGAAUUUGGAAUAUGCAACUUGAAACCUCAACAUAUCAGGACCUUUGUUUUGCCAAUAAGCCAAGGUCUAAUUGGCCGGAAUGUUAACCAUUAAUGUGUGUACUUACCCCUUUUUUCAAACUUUCUAUCUCUUGCUGUUUUGGAGGAUGAGAUAUUUUUGCAGGCACCUAGCCCCCAAACUUCUCUAGGGCGCACAGGUAGUAUCUUCUUUGGUGACACUUCUACACCCACCGGCAGGCAGCAGCCUUUGUUUGUGUUGAUGGAGGGAUGGUGAUUGAUGGCUUCUCUUUCCAAUUCAAUUGAAAGCAUCAAAAAAUUUCCCUGCCUGCAUUUUUCAUUGUUCAGAAUUGGAAUUUAUGGAUUGCUUUUAUAUGCUAAAUAAAAUGCAAUAGAUGUAAUCAUACUCAGUUCAGUUCCCUAAGAUUAAAUGCGCUUUGCUUUUUCAUUGUUCAUGCAUCAGAACUCGACAUAUCUUUUUCUUCUCCGUUACUGUAUAGAGAAGGACACUACAGGACACUUGGACAAUAUUUGGAUGGUUCAUUGGCUUGGGCCAACUCCAAUAAUCCAUCCUCCUGAUGUAAGUACGAGGAAAUUUGGUAGGAAUUACCCUGUAUGAUCUUCAAAAUUCUUUGUCAAAUGUGGAGACCUUUUAGGCUGGACAAAUCAAAAGGACUAUUCAAAUGGAAAGCAAUUAAGUUUUGUAUGGGAA